AUGGCACGAAGCGCCAUCACUGUGCCCGACAUACAGACGGUCGAGGCUAUGGCCCCUCGACCGCUCAACGUGGUCGUGGCGUCGACUGUAUGUUCGGAUGCAUCUAUCAUCAACAAACUAUUACCACAACUCGUAACACUACCCGAAUGCUCUGUCAGGGCCGUACUGGAUCCUGGUGCGCACGGUGCCGACCUUAUCGCCGCCUCUAGCAACUGUCUCGCCAUACCGAAUGUGUCGCGCACCCAAAUGAAGUCGACGGGCGACGUCGUCGAGAUCGAGAAAGAGGCGUUCGACUUGUGUCAAUGGGCUGACCUGCUGGUUUUGGCUCCCAUCGAUGCAAACAAUCUGGCGAAGAUGUUACACGGAGACACAGACAAUCUGGUACUCGAGAUUUUACGAAGCUGGAAUGUCUCAAAGAAGAUCGUCAUGGUACCUGGCAUGUCGAGUUUGAUGUGGGAGAACCCCAUGACGAAAAAGCAACUCACAAAAAUAAAGAGGAAGUGGAACUGGAUACAAGUCUUGCAACCUCUGCUAUGGACGUUCGAGAAUGACAAGAAGAGGGUGACAUGUUGGAAUGCCCUGGAUGAGGUCGUCGACACUGCACGGAACCAGGUCGAUUUGAUGAAUAUUGGGCAUGGCGUCCAUGUGACACCAAACGCAUCGUCAACCUUCAAGACCGGCUCUAAAAAAUCACGAACUGUCUUGCCGCCGGAGUUGUGGUCCAUGAUCAUCGAUGCUACCAACGACUGGGAGCUUGCUCAGACAUUACACAUAUAUACCAAUCUCGACCCACCUCCUGAGUGGCAAGAACAUGCCAGCGCCAGAGGCCCAACAACGUACAUGCAGCAACUCGAAUGGACGCUGUUGACCGGCAACCUCUCCGACAUCAAGAAAUUCAUUGCUGACAACUCUGUCCCACGCUGGCUGUCUCGUCUAUGCAUCAAACUUAUAAUGCGAUUUAGCAUGACUUCUGUGCUGUCAUAUCUCGAAUCUAACCACAAAGAUCUCUUCUGGUCUACCUUUGACGGCACAUUCCUACCAGACAAGGCGUCAUCCGUGUUUGGCCGUGUUGAAGUGCUCGAAUACUGGAAUACCUCGGCCUGGUUUUUGAACAAGAAAUACACCGCCGAGACUCUAGAUGGUGCAUCUCGACAGGGCUUCAUCGACGUCCUAGACUGGUGGCAGAAAUCUGGCCUUACUCUUGUCUUUACCGAAGCCGCCCUCGAACAAGCAAGUUCAGCCGGUCACAUCGCUGUCCUAGAAUGGUGGCGCAACAUCUCACAACGCCACCACCACGCAUCAAGUCCCGACGACGAUACAAAACCCAUCAGACUGAAGCCAGGAAAGUCAAUAUGCUACGCCUCUCAAUCUGGCAAUGCAGAUGUCGUGCGAUGGUGGGUUAACUCCGGCAUCCCCUUCCCUCACGAAGAUGCCGUCGCCAAGUUGGCGAGCACACACGGGCACGUCGAGGUCUUGAAGGCCUGGCAUGCAGUCAAGGGCUCUAAAAUGAUCUUUGACAAUCAGGUCCUGGUUGGUGCUACCAAGAUGGGACAUGUCAACGUCCUUGAGUGGUGGAAGCAGAGUGGUUUGAGGGUCGAAUACAAGACCUGUGAUGUCGAAGAAGCACUUGAAGAUGGUGUUGAAGGCAGAAAAGGUCUGGAAGUAAGAAGGUGGUGGGCAAAAAGUGGAUUGAAUCUUGGUGUUGGCACCUCUGAAUGGAUGAAGCCCAAGGUGCUAUAA